AGUGACGUAGCAGGAGUGCUGUCGCUGCUGGAGGUGGAGCUGCGUGCUACUCUACGGUCCCACUACCCCACGAUUAUUGUCAGGGUCAUGAUUUUUCAUUUGUUUACACACUCCAACUCCAUGUCAUGGAGAACAAAUGUGAAUGCGUGGCGAACCUGGAGUUCCUGGAGACCUAGGCUGGACCUUUCUGCAGCUGGCACAUCUUCUGGUCAUGGUCCUCUCAACACAUCCUGUGAAAAGUCAUCUGUUUCAACUGAAAAGCCUCCUCACACACCUGUCAUGGUGAAAGAGGUGCUUCAUUACUUGGACAUCCAUCCAGGCCAGGUGGUCCUGGAUAUGACAUUUGGAGGUGGUGGUCAUACCAAAGCAAUAUUGAAAAUGGUUCCUGAAGUCACAAUUCUGGCCUUGGACCGUGAUCCAACAGCGGUUUCUUUAGCCCAGGAGUUGGCCAAGGAAUACUUUGGUCGUGUGAAACCCUUACUCGGCCGAUUCAGCGAGCUUGAAGCCCUCCUAUCCGACACGAUACAUAAACCUGGCAGCAUCGAUGCUGUCCUCUUGGAUGCAGGCUGUUCCUCGAUGCAGAUGGAUCAACCAGAAAGAGGCUUUUCUCUCAGUAAGGACGGGCCCUUAGAUAUGAGGAUGGAUGGAAAAAGGUACCCCAACAUGCCCUGUGCUGCUGACGUUGUGAAUACCUUAGAUCAACAGGCGCUCGCAUCCAUCCUCUCUACAUACGGGGAGGAAAGACACGCCAGGAAAAUAGCUUCAGCCAUUGUGGAGGCACGUCGUGUCAGCCCCAUCACCCGGACACAGCAGCUGGCCAGCAUUGUAGCAGGAUCCCUUCCUGCUGCUGUUAGCUAUGCACGCAAGGACCGACUGAACCGACCCGCCCAUGUGGCCACCAAAACUUUCCAGGCGCUGCGUAUCUUUGUGAACGAUGAAUUGAAGGAGCUCCAUGCCGGCCUGCUUGCCACCCAGGCUGCAGUGAAACCUGGAGGACGUCUGUGUGUCAUCACAUUUCAUUCAUUGGAAGACAGACUUGUCAAACGUUUCCUCCGGGGCGAAGACGUGUCCGAUUUGGAUCACUGUUACUUCGGCAAGAGGAAACAGUUCCCAGAGAAGGGGAAAGAAAAGCCAGAAAAAGGAGACAGCACGACUGUUUACUGGUUACCUCUACAAAAAAAAGUUGCCACACCAGGAAAGGACGAUGUAAAUGACAACCCUCGAGCUCGCUCUGCAAAACUCAGGGCAGCACUCCGAUGCUAAUUAUUUUAACAUAAGAUGAUUUCUUUUUGUGAAGCAACUUGGAAUUUAAACAGAAGGGUUUAAAGGCUUCUUCAUGUGUUCCAUCAAACACAUUUGACUCCAUUAUGGCCAGUGAAGUGGAGCAGAACAGAAAAACUAUGCAUUCAAAAAUGGGACAAUGUGACGGAGAAUUAAAGCCUUCGGUCAGGUUUGCACGUACCCCUCUCAGGGUUAGAAUAGAAGUGAUGUGGCAGUGGCAUUACUUAAACAUUACAGAGUUGAUUUGAUAUUUUUUAUAGACUUGAGUUUUGGCUUCGAGAAACAUUUUUAUGUUUCACUAUUUGAUUUCCGCUGUUUCGAAAUAGCGCAUUCCCUUGAAUGCUUAUACCAUUUCCUGCCACUGGGAGUCAUCAUUAUAUGUGCCAAGGAAGUAAUAAAAUCAUCUGCGUUUAUUUAUUUUCAACACAGAUACGUAUUAGGCUAUG